GGCAUCUUUGAGUGCAUUCCUUUUGGCAUCGAAACGUUUACAAUCAACGUGAUUCAACUUGUUGACGGCUGCCGCUUGCAUCCAGAAAUCCAAUGCGAUGACCUCAUCAUUGGACAGCAGUCUUCUGCUGUUCUCUUCGGAUGAUGAGGUCCUGGAGCAGGUCAAGGUCGACAUCGGAUUUCAGAAUCUGUCACAAGACUGGGACAGCUACAUGGAUCCUGUAGAGCACCCACUGAAGGAGCACCAGCUGUCGGAAUUGGAGCCGGCGCCGGCCGAGGUGAAGGAGGAGCCCACGCCGCCGGCGCAGAAGCAGGUGUCGGUGCAGCCGGUGGCCAACUCUGUGCCGGUGUUGGACGGCUGGCCGGGCGUGCAUCAGUUCCAGGUGACGGUGCGCCGGCGGCCCGAGCAGGCCGGCCGCCAGCUGCCCUACGUCUACAGCGCCGACGGCGCGAAGCUGUACACCGACAUGAUGGUGGCCGUGCCGUUCAGCUUCACCUACAGCGGUGUGGCCGACCCGAGCGCGCUGCGCAUCCGCGCGCUGCCCAUCUACCGCGAGUCCCACCACAUCCAGACGCCGGUACGCCGGUGCGCCAUCCACCGCGAGCCGCAGGAUCCGUCCAACGACACCGGACACAUGAUGCACGUGGUGCGGGCCGAUCACCACCACGCCAGCUACCACGUGGAGCAGGAGCGGUGCAGCGUCACCGUGCCGCUGGAGGCGCCCGAGCCCGGCACCGACGACUACCAGGUGCUCUUCAAGUUCGCCUGUAUGAACACCUGCGUGGGCGGCAUCAACCGUCGGCGGCUGAUGCUGGUGCUGACGCUGGAGGAGCGCGCCUCGGGCCGCACACUCGGCAGACAGGCCAUCGAGGUGAAGGUGUGCCGCUGCCCCCACCGCGACUGGCGCGCCGACGAGAAGCGCAAGGGCUCCGAGCAGGCGCAGCCCAAGGCGAGCAAACGGCCGCGCCGCGAGCCGUCCCCGCCGCGACCCUCCAACGGCCAGCAGCAGCUCUACGUGGUGGCGGACGACCCGGCGAUGUACCGAUACCUGGUGGAGGCGCGCGAGUCACUGCUGCGCUACCGGCGCUCGGUGCUGGCCGAGCAGGCGCCGCCGGCACCGCUCAGCCGCCAGGACACGGCGCCAGUCAGGCCCGAAUACCGCUAGACGGCCGACGGCUGGGUGCCGAUGACGGCGACGGAUGGGUGUUGAUGACGGCCACGGCCACGGGUGGGUCAGGGUGCCGAUGACGGCGACGGGCCGCGGACUAGGAGCGAGGAUUGGAGAGGCCAUGAUUACUCCCCCGCACAGAGGUGCUUUGAGUUUUGUUUCUGGAGCGAAAGGUUCAUGGAUGCUGCCACGUAGCACUAAGCUAAUUUAAGUACCGAGCGAAGCAGCUCGGUAACGUAUAGUUGAAAUCAACGAGCUGCACUUACUCGUAGUGGCUGUAUUUUCGAAUGUUUGUUGAUCUUAGUUGCUUGUAAGUCUUUCUUAUGAUGCAUGCUAUGUAAAGAGUGUAAACGCAGUCUGCAGUACUGGGCCGUCGAAUUGUCGUAAAUUUUAUGUACAGUCUGUCUUAAAAGUACCGCGCAAAGUGGCGGUGGAUCCAUCAAGCCUGACCGAGAAAGGGCCUGUUUUAAUUUAAAAGUCACCGACCAAUUGACCUAGGGAAUGGACAAGGAUGUCAGUUGCUUCGGUGACCCAAAUUUAGCAGGCCCUUGCUCAGUCAGGCUCGAUGGAUCCACCGUCACUUUGCGCGGUACUUUUAAGACAGACUGUACAUACUUUAUCCUUUGCGCGUAGGCAUUGAUUGCUGGUCAGUUUUCCACAUGCAUUGUGUCAAUGCACGCUCGUUACAGAUUUAGAUUCAGCAUUGUGUGGCGGGAAGUGGGGCCAGGUUAGACGCAAACGUUGAGAAUCAGUCGUGGUGCACGUCUUGCGUUUGUAAAGAAACUGUUGAAGCUCGAGGUGAAUGCUGAGGCCUGUGAAUAAACUUUACCUUCUGA